CUUUCUUUCCUCUUGUCUCCCUCCUUUAGAGAACUAACUCAACUAACUAAUCUAACGUUAGUUUGGCGUCUUAUCACCACCACUGCAAUUAGUUUACUCCGUGCAGAAUUCUCUUCUCUUUCUGCCUCUCUCUCUCUCUCUUUUCUUUUUCUUCCCUUCCCUCUCUCUCUCUAUCUUCUACCUAUCUCCUACUCUCUUAUCGUUCUCUCUCCCAGACAAGAAAAGAAACAAGUCACACGACCUGCUGCAGCUCCCCAACUAGCUUAGCUCUUAUCCCCUCUCCUCUUCUUCUUCCUCCUCCUCCUUCUCCCUUGCUACUAUCCUCUCACAACCACAUCACCUCACAAUAAAAAUGUCCUCCCAACCACUCCUCCAAACCGCCCCAGGCAAAAGAAUCGCCCUCCCCACGCGCGUCGAACCCAAAGUCUUCUUCGCCAACGAGCGCACCUUCCUCUCAUGGCUGAACUUCACCGUCAUCCUAGGCGGUCUCGCCGUCGGUCUGCUGAACUUCGGUGACCGCAUCGGCCGCAUCUCCGCCGGUCUGUUCACCGUCAUCGCCAUGGCCGCCAUGAUCUAUGCGCUGGUGACCUUCCACUGGCGCGCGCAGAGUAUUCGCAAACGAGGCCAGAGUGGGAUUGAUGAUCGCUUCGGGCCGACCAUCCUCGCUAUGGCGCUUUUGGCGGCCGUCGUGGUGAAUUUUGUGCUCAGGAUGGUGGAGUGAUUUUUCUAUUCUAUUGGUUUUUUGUCUGUGUGUGUCGAGGGUGAGGGUAUAGGGAUUGGGUAUGGUAUGAUGGGGGAAGGUGGUGAGGCAUUGAUCGGUGCUGGUCGCUGGUUUUAUGUAUUUUGGUGGGUGGUGGGAUUGAGUGGGAUUGGGUAUAACUGUGUCAAUGGAUGAGUUGUUGGGGAAGGACCUUGAAGGAAGAUGAUAUGUAUUGUUUCUUAUGCUGUUUGUUAGUAGUAUUGAGCAUUCUUUUCCCUACGAGUCUAGACUGUGUUUCAACUAGUUUGUUUGUCAAAAGUCAUCAAUAGUACCC